GUUAAGUAGACUGAUUCUGGUUAUAUUAAGUAGAUUGUUGCGGUAAUUGGUCGUCACAAUGAAGUCCAACAUCAGCUUUUAACAAAAGAACAACCGAUUGAAAUAAACAUUUUUUAAAAUUACAUGUUUUUGAAAUCAUAUAUAAGCACAGAUUUAUUACUUUUCUGUUUACAUCUACUUUUGAACGAUUUCGGGCACCAAGCAAAUUGUUGAAAGUGCUGUUACGUUCGAAGCAAUUCAUUUACUUAAUUUAAUGUAGCACGGUGGCGGUAAGUGCUUCACUCAACCCGGUUCAAAUUUCAACUGUCAACAAUGAUACGCCGUUUUUCUAAACUUGGAAUUUUUACAUCACGAUUGUCGACAUUGGUUAUCCGGUGUAUUUUCUGUUACCCGGGGAGUGUUCUUACGCGUUAGUUCACUUGUUAUUACAAGUGAUUUAGACACGUCGCGUAGCGUUGGGUGACGCCCGGAAGGCUUCACUUUUUCCUCCAAAUGCCCACGGAGACCGACUCUGAAAGUGAUAUUUGGGAUUAUAAACCUCCCGUGAAGAAAAAGAAGAAACGUGAGUCGUCGUCUACAAGUAGGAACGUGUCUAGGAGAAGAUGCACGACGGAGAGAAAGCCAUGCAACACUCUGGAUAUUACAACUACUCUAACUGACGUCCCUGCCGGUGUAAAUAUUGGACAAUGUGAUCCCAGCUCGUCCUCGCUUGCUAAGGAGGCACAAAAUGUUGACAGUGAAGCCAAGGAAGACUAUUGUCCAAUUUGCCAGAUGCCAUUCUCUAUUUUACUGGUGCAGUCACAAAGAUGGCAUGUUGCUGAAUGUCUGGACACGCCAAGUGACACUUGCCAAGAAUGUCCCGAUGGUCUCCAGUGCUCGUCUUCUAUUCCUAACCACUACAAGAAGUUCAACCACACGCAGUUGGCCCACGCUCGAGCCAACGGCCACGUCACGUCGUUCGACUCCCAGGACAGUGAGCACCGCACUCCUCCCCGCGAUGCCCCUGGGGACAACGUUGGCACGACGCCCUCGCCGCCACCUUCCCAAGCCACCAACGGCCUCCUGCUGCUGCGCUCGCCAGACCCGCACGACAUGAAGAAGAAGAAGGGUUGGUCUCCCCGAGGCUGCUCGUCUUUGACCUCCUCGCAGGGAAGUAGGACAGAGACGGCGGCGAAUUGGGACGUUCUCGUCGAUCCUGACGGCGAGGAGCUCAUAUCCUACUCGCCUCUUUCGGCGUUCCCCGCAGAGAUGGACGCAGUUCGUAGAGACGGUUCUGAAGAUGAAAGCUCCCCGGUUCUCUUCAGCGAAGACGAGACGCCUUCAGGUUUUAUGGAUACCCUCAAAACCACCGGUAGACUUGACGACAUCUCGUCAACUGCUGGUGAAAAACUUCGGUCUCCCCCGAGGAUGGUUUUGGAACGCUUGAAGGAGACUCUUCAAGCGUCUCAGAACAGUACGGUGCUUGCCCGGAAGGCUCCAAGAGAAGCGGGUCGAGGAUCCGGACUCAAGCAGAUGGACAUUGGAGUAUUUUUCGGCCUCAAAGCAUUAAAGGUGGAGAAGAAAGCGGAACCUUCCGUGAGGAAAUGGAAGAGGAACGUGGCUGGAGACGCAGAGCGACCCGGAGAGGGUGCGAGUCCCGGUGGCAGCAAGGUGGAGGCCGGAAGCUGGCAGACCAAAGACAGGAGACGCAAAUGGUGGAACAGAGAGAACAACGGUGGAGAGGAACAAACGCGGUCUUGUCCCUUUUAUAAAAAGAUUCCAGGCACGACGUUCGCCAUCGACGCUUUUCAGUACGGCGCCAUCGAAGGUGUGACCGCCUACUUCCUGACCCACUUCCACUCGGACCACUACGGAGGACUCACCAAGAACUCCACACUCCCAAUAUACUGCAACAAAAUCACGGGCAACCUGGUGAAGAGCAAGUUGAAGGUGGCGGAGCAGCAUGUGCACAUCCUUCCGAUGAACACCAGGGUGAGCGUGGACGGGGCGCAAGUCAUCCUCCUCGACGCCAACCAUUGUCCAGGAGCGGCCAUGUUGCUGAUCUCCUUGCCGAACGGACAGACCGUCCUCCACACGGGCGAUUUCCGAGCCGAUCCCUCCAUGGAAGCCUACCCGGAGCUUCUGGGGUGCCGGGUGCACACUCUCUACCUGGACACCACGUAUUGCAGCCCGGAGUACACCUUCCCGAGACAAGAGGAAGUCAUCAAUUUUGCGUCCAGCACCGCCUUUGAGUUGGUGACGCUGCACCCCCGCACCCUGGUGGUGUGCGGGUCCUAUUCUGUGGGAAAGGAAAAAGUCUUCUUGGCCUUGGCGGAGGUUUUGGGCUCCAAGGUGUGCCUCUCCCGGGACAAAUACAACACCAUGUGCUGUCUGGAGUCGGAGCACAUCAAGCAACAUUUAACCACAGACUGGAAGGCGGCCAGGGUCCACGUGCUUCCCAUGAUGCAACUCAACGUCAGAAAGCUUCAGCAGCAUCUGGGAAGGUUUUCCGGCCAAUACGAUCGUCUGGUGGCCUUUAAGCCCACCGGGUGGACCUUCAGCCAGCAGACGGCGUCAGUGGAAGAAAUUCAGCCUGUCGUCAGUGGCAACGUCUCAAUCUACGGGAUUCCGUACAGCGAGCACAGCAGCUUCUUGGAGCUUAAGCGUUUUGUUCAGUGGCUGCGACCACUCAAGAUCAUUCCCACGGUAAACGUUGGUCGCUGGGCAGUGAGGAAGGCCAUGGAGAAGCACUUUAGCGAGUGGCUUGGCAGUCACGCAAGCGUUUGAAAGAAAUCAUGUCACAUAUGUCUUAUUUUAUCCAUCAAAAAUUAAAUGGAAAAAAAAAGGAUUCAAUAAGCCAUUCUGUGCAAGGAUAAUAUAUUUGAAAUACAGGAUGUUGCAAUUUUCAUGUAUAUUUUUGUGUAUUAUUUUUAUGUUCUCUGUCUAACAAUAAAAGUUUUGAACUUCCA